AUGUUUAAAUUUAUAAAUGAUAUAGACUUGACAAAGAAAAAAAUACUCAACCAAUUAAAUAACAAAUUAAUAAUUAAUAACGAAAAAAAAGAUUUUGUUUUUUUCGAACAAAAUAAACACAUAAAUUUCAACACAGACCCAAACAAUAAUAUCUUAUUAGAUCAUAAUAUAAUUCAAAAUGAAUUUCCAAAAAAUGAAUUAAACCCUUUACAAAUGUGUACCAAACAUAUUAAGGCCACAGAAACUAAUUUUGUGAAUCUUGAAAUAAAAAAAGGGAAGAGUAUCAACAAUGAUAAAAAUGGAGAUGAUAAAAAUGAUGGAGAUGGUGAUGAUAAGCAUUUGCAAAUAAAAGAUGGAACAUGUUUAGUGGGAAAUAUAAAUGAAAUGGAAAAAAAUAAAGAACCUAAUUUAGAUGAUAAAAAUAAUAUAACAAUCCAAUCAAAUAGUAGUGUUAUAAAAAAAGGGUCUAAAAAUGAUCGAAUAGAAAAUAAUUUGUUUUUUGACAAUUCUAAACUAAGCGAUUUGAUACAAGAUGUUAUGGAAGAUAUAAAUAAAAGCAGUUUUUGUGAUAAAAAUGAAAGCAGUUUUUGUGAUAAAAAUGAAAGCAGUUUUUGUGAUAAAAAUGAAAGCAGUUUUUGUGAUAAAAAUGAAAGCAGUUUUUGUGAUAAAAAUGAAAGCAGUUUUUGUGAUAAAAAUGAAAGCAGUUUUUGUGAUAAAAAUGGAGAUAUUGAAAGAAGUGACGACACAUUGACAAAUCAUUAUAAUUUCGAAAAUAUUGAAAACAAAAUCGAACAAAAUAAAUGUUAUAACAAAAAAGAGAUACAAGAUAUUAUUGAAAAAUGUGUAACUACAACAAUAGAUAGGCUAGUAGAUUAUAAAGAAUAUAUAACUGAUGUUUAUCAUUUAAAUAAUAUAAAUAAAAAAUAUAUUGAUCAAAUAAAUGAAUUAAAAAAAAAUGAAAAAAUAUUAACAGAUAUUAAUGAAAGGCAAACAAAACAGUUAAUUCAAAUUUCGGGACAAAUAGGCAACAUAAACAAUUUUGAAGAAAAUAUUAAAGAAUUUGGAACAGAAUUUGGAACAGAAUUUGGAACAGAAUUUGGAACAAAAUUUGGAACCGAAUCUAGAACCGAAUCUAGAACCGAAUCUAGAACCGAAUCUAAUAUAAGUUAUUUAAAAGAUAAAUUAAAAAAUUUGGAAAAAGAAAAUAAAAUUUUAAAAGAUGAAAAAAUAAAAUUACAAGAUCUUCUUAAUGAUAAAUUAUAUCACAUAAAAACAAAUUUUGAAUUAAACUGUUAUAUUAAAAAACUAGAAUAUAUAAUAAAUACAAAAUCUGACAUGUAUGCAAAAUUAAAAAGAGAAAAAGAAAUUAGUGAUGAGAAAAUAAAUAAAUAUUAUGAACGUAUGCAACUAAUAGCUGAAGAGUUGUAUAUACACAAAAGUAUUUUAUACAACAUUAAGCAAAAUGAAAAAAAAGAAAAAAAAAAAAUUAUCAAAUUUAUUAACGGAAAUAGUCACAGGAUACGUUCGCUUUGGGUCGGCAACGGGGAGACUCACGCCGAAGCGAACAAAAUGAAAAAAGAGAAAAAAGAGAAGAAAAUGAAAAAAGAGAAAAAAGAGAAGAAAAUGAAGAAAAUAAAAUUGUACAGCGAUUGCCCAUUGCAUUGCAGUAGGAAUGCCACCAUUAGUUGCGAUGACAAAGAUGCAGAUAAAAACGUCUCCGAUAAAAACGCCGCCGAUGUGGCUAGAAACCAAGUUGAAUCUAACCAUCAUGUUUCUAAAAUAAAAAAAAUUAAGACGUUUAUAGAUGACAGGAAAUGUCAAAGUGAUUUCGAUUGUCUUAGUCAAUAUGAAAAAAAUAAAUCCAGAAAAAACAACUCAGGAAUAAAGUGGCAGGAACCGAUAAAAUUAAAUGAAGUAGUAUAUGAUAUCAGAAAACCAAAUAAAAUAAAUAAUUUAAAUUUUAAGAAAAUGAGCAAAGAAAAAUUAAUAGAAAUCUUAAACGAAUAUAAAGUUAUUUUUAAUGAUUAUCAAUCAAGUGAAAAAAAAAAAAAAAAUUUGGAUAAAAAUUAUAAAUUAAAAGAACUAAAAAAAUUAUUGUUAAAUGAAAUAGAAAAAAAUAAAAUAAUUCAUAAAAAAUAUCAAAAUGUUUUAAAAAAAAUAACAAAUAUAAAUAAAGAAAAUAAUAAGUUACUAUUUAAUGAUAACAAAAUUUCUGAAUGUAAAACAUUUGAAUAUAAAACGUCAAUAAAAAUACAGGAGCUUUUAAAUGAAAUUAUUUUUCUUACAAAAGAAAUUGAAAAAUUUAAAGACGAUCAAAUUUUGUUAAAACAAGAAAUAAACACAAAGACGAAAAUAAUUUCGCACCUGAUAAAAAGGAAUGCCUUGGACGCCCAAAGGCACUUUAAAAUCGAUAGCAGCUUCGUCCUACUUAAGAAGAAGCUAACAUAUGAUGACAUGCAAAAGGUCAUGGAAGAAACCCUAAUUGAUAAUAUUCGAUUACGAACCGAUUUAAUAACUAUAGGAAGCAUACGUAACGAUACAGAAUUUUUAAUUUGA